CAGUCACAGGAGCAGGAAGUUACCAACCGCAGGAGGAGGAGCUAAACCUCCAGUUUCUGUUUCACAGUCACAGUGUGCUCAGACGGACGGCUGACUUUCCCACAGGUAGUCAUGGACCUGGUGGAUCCCAUCCUGUCCAUGGUGCUGGAGAUCCACAGCCUGGUGGAGAAUGUGAAGGCCAAUAAGAAGCGCUGUUGCCGUGUUGCCAAGCGAGUCAAUGCUCUGGAGGAACUGUUGAAGUCCAUCAAAAAGAGGGCAAGAAGCCAAAUCUCUGCCGACGUACACCAGGCUCUCCGAGAGCUCAAAUACACUCUGGAGUCGGCGCAGAACCUGAUCAGGAAGUACGCCUCAGCCAACCUGGUGGAGCGAAUUCUGAAGUCCAGCAGCCACGGAGACGAGUUCAGCAGCAUCAACGAGCGUCUCAACGACGCCUUCCAGAUUCUGUCCGGAGCUCUGCAGGUGGAGCACAGAGACAUCCUCUACCGGGUGUUCGAAGCCACGUCCAGGAUGAGAGAAGACGAGGAUGACGGGAAGGAGGACGACGCAGAGCUGAAGACAAUGCUUCUGGAGUUCAUGAGAGACCAGCAGGAGAAAACUGAGACCAUCCUGAGACAGUUCAACGAACACAAAGCCAACGUGGAGAAUGUCCUGGAGAUGAUAAAUAAACCCAGCGUGAUGAGUGAAGUGAUCCGAAUGAUCAAACCACAGGAGCUGAAGUACAGUUAUCCCAAAGAACCCUUCAUGAAGACCCCGACCUCAGAAGUCUACAAAGGAGAGUUCCAUGGAUUCACUGUGGCCAUCAAGAGAUACACUGACCUCAUCAACACCAGUCCCGGUGAGAUACGAGCCGUCUUCAACAAGGAGGUGGAAACCAUGAAGCGGUUUGAGUCGCCCAACAUCCUACGAAUGUUUGGCAUCUGCGUCCAGGACGAGGACGGACCCAAACCACAGUUCCUCAUCGUCAUGGAGUACUGUGAGAAGGGGAGCCUCCGGGAGGUUCUGGACUCCUCCUGCAAACUGUCCUGGACCAGGAAAGCGCGUAUGUGCUGGGAUGCAGCUCGUGGACUCUACCGACUGCACCAAACAGAAGAAAAAAGUAAAGUUCAUGGAUGCAUCAAUAGCAACAAGUUUCUGGUGGCUCAAGGCUACAGAGUCAAGCUUGGAGGAUUUGAACUCGCUAAAACAGAGACAUCGCUGAAGAAGAUGACAAAGGGCAAAGAGAUUAAGUCUCUUUGCUACUCGUGUCCCCAGAAACUCAGUGACAUCAACCACCCCUACAGCAAAGACUGUGAGAUUUACAGCUUUGGAAUUGUCCUGUGGGAAAUUGCAACAAGGAAGAAGCCCUUUGAUGGUUGUUCAAGUCAGCAAAUCUAUGACAAGGUUUGUGUGGAAAAGUGUCCAGAGCCUCUUCCUGAAGACUGUCCGGAUGCACUGGGAGAGCUGGUCAAUGCAUGCCGGGCCUUCGAGAGCUUUAGCAGGCCAUCAGCAGGAGUGCUGGUGGACAAACUGCAGUGCAUGGUGGAGAGUUUGGAGGACAAAUGAAACCUUCAUCUUGAUGCAGGGUCAUCACCAGAGAGGACACACACCCGGAGAGUUCAGAAAGUGACCCGUACGGACUCUCACACAAAUAACAGCUUUAAUUCUGUUGCUUUUAAAAGCAUUUUUCCUGCAGCUAAAUCUGGGAUAUGAGGAAAGCUCUCAUAGUAGUCCAACUUUCAACUUCCUCUGCUGUGCUGUCAGACGCCUGAGUGUAGCACAACAACGACACCCACAAGAUGUAAUAAUACGAGGUCUGUUAGAAAAGUAUCGGACCCUUUUAUUUUUUUCAAAAACCUGAUGGAUUUGAAUCACGUGUGCUUGCAUGAGCUAACCUUGAACCUUCGUGCUCAUGCGUGAUUUUU